AUGAUUGAAAUUCCCAAAGAUUAUGAAGAAUUAAAUUCUUAAUAAAGACUUGAGAUUUUAGAAUUUUAUGUAUAACCUUUUAUUAUUAAUUUAGUUCGAAACUAUCAUCUCAGAGUAUACAGCCUUUAAUCACUCUUAAUUUAUCUAUCCUCUCUAUUAAACAUUUUAAGUUUAAUUAAAUUAACAGAUCAAUUCAUCAUCUAAUCAAAAUCAUGUACUUUUUACAUAUAAUUUAGAUUUAUGAAGCAUUUAAAAAUCUUUAGAAAAAAGCCAUAGAAGAUACUAUAAUUCAGGAAAUGUUAAUUGAAUAUGAUGAAUGUAAUUUAUAAUUCUAUUAAUCAUAGUUAUUCAUCCAAUCAAAAUUCAAACUCUACCUAAAUUAAUAAAAUAAAAAUAAAAAAAAUCAAAAAUAGAGAAAAAAGCAGUUAGUUGUAUUUUUGAUGAAAAGCCUAUAAAUCAUGAAUUUAUUAUGACUGGUUCUUAAACUUUGAUGGUUCAUGAAAUUAAAGAAAAAGUUCCUAGUAUUUCAGAAUUAGAUGAUUAAAAACUUAAAGUGAUUAGAGAAUUUGAUGAAAAGAGCUACAUUUCUUAAAUUAAUUUUGAAAGGAGACCUCAAAUUGAUUUAAAAACUAUUAUUGAACAAAGAAUGCUAUAAUCUUAAGACUAUUAUUUCAAUGAAGCUUAAUUGGAUGAUGUAAUUAUUUAUCUUAAAUUUAGGCAUAUUAUGUAAUUUAGUAAGCCAUAAUUGAGAUUUAAAUUGAUUAAACAUUAGAAGGUUGGUUCUAUGAUUCAUAUGGAAAUUUUAUUAAUAUGAUUCAAUAAAAAUAUGCUACUAUGUAACUGAAUCUUAAUGAAUUAGAAUCAGAUGGUUGGGUUAUUGAAAAAAACACUAAAUCAUUAGUUAUCAAAUAUAAAAUUGAUUCCAAAAAUUCAACAGUAACUCUUUUUAUGGAUUCAGUCUUUGAAGCUAAUAUCACUAAAUUAAUGGCUUUAAUUAAUGAGAUAGAUCUCUAUUAAAAUUAUGUUCCUUUUUGUGUUAGAUCUUCAAUGCCAAAAAGAAUAGGGAAAUGCUGCAAAAUUUGUGAUAUCUAAGUCUACUUUCCUUUAAUAUCAGAUAGAAAAGCAGUCUUUGUUGGAGAAGGUAUUGAUCGACUUAACAUUAAUGGUACUAUUGUUUUUUUAUGCAAAUCUGUUGAUAACGAUCUUGAGUUCCUUAAAUUACACAAUAUUGAUUUAUCAAAAGAUAAAGGAAAAUUUGUAAAUCUAAUUCUGAAUUAUUAUGUAUUCGAAUUAACUCCUCUUUCUGAUAAUAAAUGUAGGGUUAGAGCUGUUACUAACUCUGAUCCUUAAUGCAGAUAUGUUCCAAAAGCAUUAGUUGCUCUUGUGGCGAGAAAAGUAUUAAAAAAAUAUUUAAAUUUAGAUGGCUAGCACAUUAUUUGAAAAAAUGUAAAAAAUAACUAAAGAUUUCAACUAAAGUCUAUGGUAUCCAAAAUAUAUUGAAAAUUAAGAGUUUUAUGAUUGGAUAGACACUAAAGUUAAAAAUCAUUUUUCUAAACAAUAAAUUUGA